UUCUUGACAAGAGCCCAGCCCACAUUUUGUUUGUUAGGUUUUCUAUCCCCUUCUCUACACGGUGACAGAGACCUCCAGCCCUGCGCCAUCUCCUUCCCUCCCCCACCAUCUUUCAUUCGAUUUCUUCUUGACUCUGCCAGCCUCUCUCACUCAGUCCGUUUUUUCUCCAUCUCCCUCAAUCCGCCACCUGUCUCACUCGAUUUGUUCCUUACUCCGCCGCCCUCUUACACUCGCGGUCUCCUUCAAAUUCGGAAGUUUGAGUUUGAAAGUCGGGAAUUCCAUAGCACCUUCUUCCUCUUAUCGAUCCAUAUUGCUUCCUCCGUCAAGUUCUUCACCAAAACGGGAGGCCCAGAGUCAGAGCCACCGCCGCCGAGCAAAGAAAAUGGCAUGGAGAGGACAAUUAUCAAAGAAUUUGAAGGAGCUUAGGGUUCUGCUCUGCCAAUCGUCCCCUGCGAGCUCCGCCACCAGAACAUUUGUAGAGAAGAAUUACCAGGAUUUGAAAGCACUGAACCCGAAGCUUCCAAUCUUGAUCCGGGAAUGCAGGGGAGUUGAUCCUCAGUUAUGGGCAAGAUAUGACAUGGGUGUAGAGAGGGGUGUACGAUUAGAAGGUCUUAGCGAGGCACAGAUUUCAAAGGCACUUGAAGACCUUGUGAAAGCAGGGGCAGCUGGGACUAAAGCUUGAUCAAUUGUUCAUGCAAUAAGAAGAAUGUUAAAGAAUGAAAUAAAAUCUUUCUCGUGGAAAACAUUUCAAUAGAAUACUUGUCUGGCCUUUUCGUUUUGGCUCCAAUGCAAUGUCUCUCUUUUGAGAAUAACUGUUUCAGCCAAAUGUUUGGUAAUGCAUCUUUUGUAAUUUGAACAUUACAUGGAUUAAAUUAUGUAGGUUAGAUGCAAAAUUGGAGCACUUUUGGGUGAUGGAACUUGAUUUAAGCAUUAAGCCUUUCUGUUUAACAUAUAGAACAUACUUCAAUA